AUGAUCUCAAGAGACAAUGCAUAUAACCAACUUGCCGCUCGUGGUUUGGACGUUCAUAGUCUUAGCAACAAAUGUAGCGACGCAAAGCCAGUAUGGAAUAGGUUUAGGCAUAAAACGAGAAAUUGCUACAAAGCAUCCGAUGAACUGAGAUCAGAGUUAAAAUGCACUGAUGACUGUACCAAAGAAGAUGGCGCACGUUGUGUGAACGGUGCCUGUCUAAACGGUGUGUGCCAUUGCAACGAUGGUUUCGGCGGCUGUAAUUGUCAAGAACCCGAUGUAAACGAAUGUAAGGACCGACCCUGUGACGUCUUUGCACACUGUACCAACACCGUAGGCAGCUUUCAGUGCUCUUGUUUUCCGGGCUAUGAAGGUGAUGGAUUUACUUGCAGAGAUAUAAAUGAAUGUGAAGAUCCGACUAUAUCAUCAAGAUGUGUCGAAAAUGCUGAAUGUUGUAAUCUACCAGCUCACUUCAUCUGCAAGUGUAAUCGUGGCUUUGAAGGAGAUGGUGAAGAGGAAUGUCGAGACAUCGACGAAUGUCGCCGGCCUGGAGCUUGCGGGGCCAAUACGUUGUGUCAUAACUACCCUGGCAAUUACACAUGCGCAUGUGAAGCUGGUUAUACCGGAAAUCCAUUUGAUGGGUGCAUGGACGUGGACGAAUGUGAAAACAAGGAGACUUGUGGAACAAACGCCAUCUGCCGUAACAUAGCGGGCGGAUAUGAAUGUAGCUGCCAACAAGGAUAUGAAGGUGAUCCACGCAUCGGCUGCCAUGACCUUGAUGAAUGUGCACGUGCUUCUUGCGGUCGCGACGCUCUUUGUGAAAAUCUACCCGGCGCCCAUCGCUGUUUGUGCCCACCAGGUUUCCAUGGCAAUCCUGAUAUCGAAUGUAUUGACGUGGAUGAGUGUAAGAAUAGCGAGAAAGUAUGCGGCGCGCACGCCGAAUGUACGAAUACGAUCGGAAGCUUCGUAUGUACAUGUGAACCUGAAUACACGGGCGAUGCACGCUCGCACAAUGGUUGCAGUGAUGUGGAUGAGUGCACAGUCCUUGAGCGUGCUUGUGGUCUUCAUGCAAUUUGCGAAAACACUUCACCGGGGUACAACUGUAUAUGCCCACAAGGUUUUAGAGGCAAGCCAGAUGCAAAAAUCGCAUGUGAACAGAUUGUGCUAAAGGAAACACAUGUGGUAAUGGAGCAGAGUGCA